UUGCAGCCAUUCCAUCAUUCUUGCAAUUUCGCCAUCGAGUUUUAUACGACAUUUUACGAAAUGACUGGUCCGCUCAAUCCCGUUUCAAAGAACUAAGUGCUCGACAAUGUUACCGAAUUAUUGAGCAACUACCCAACAAACCUAGCCUGAACCUACCAUUCUUGCGAUCUAGGAUACGCAAGAUGUUGAAUAAUUCCCCGCCAAAUAUUAGAAAAACAAGAAUUAGAAGAGUCAAUCCGAGCAACUCGCAGGUCGAGGUUAUUGCUGGGCCCAUGACAGCUAGACUAGUGGCAGACCUUUUCGGUACACUCAACCCUCCUCCUCCAGAGACGAUUCCGGGAAAUGAUAUUAUAACUGGAAUCUCCAACUCGCAGGUUGAGGUUAUUGCUGGGCCUAUGACAACUGGACUAGUUCAGACACUCAACCCUCCUCCUCCAUAG